CGGAGGUUGACCAGGCCGACAUCUUUGAUCUGAUAGAGAGAGAAAUUCUGGAGACGGUACUCGAUCAUCCAAUGGACUCAAAAAUGAAUUGUGAACCAAAAAUGAAAUUAUAUCAGGUUUUAUAGGUCCCGCCAAGUCCCGUCCCGCCGGGUCCCGCCUCCGGGAAGGUGACGACCUUGGAGAACACGGUGAACACGGUGCGCGCCAAAAACCAAAACGUUGCUCGCGCCAUGCCGUGUCUUUUUUGGUUCGGGUUUGGAAUCUUUCCAUUGACAUAAGUCAAUUAGUUUUCCAUCUAUGUCCGUAAUCGAAAGGUCCAUGAGGUGUAGAAUUUUUCUAGCUUUCCUCUCGUAUAAUUCUUUUCGACAUACAACAAUUCUUUCUCGAACUUUUAGCUGCUGGAAUACCGGAUUCAUCUUGACCUCAGAUGCACAGAUCAUGCAUCCAUGCAUUGACGUCACAGUACAUCAUUGCAGCACUGAUUUCACUGUGAAGUGUGGAACAUGGGUCAAUGCGCGAUAAAAGGAUGAACGUGAUUUCAGCGGGAAGUGCGCUAAUUGGUCACAUGUUUUCAGCGGGAAGUGCGGUAAGUGGUUAAUUGUUUCCAGCGGGAGAUGAGUGGAUUGGUUAAUUGAAAAACAACCAGUUAUUCCGAAUUCAACUAUUACGAAAACCCUAUAAAAAUAGAUCCUCGGUACCUUGUCAAGCCAUUGUGUGGUUGUCCGCCACCACCCCUGCUCAGGAUGGAACCCCUUCGGAAGAAACCUCGUCAGUCUUUUGAUGUAGUGAGAUCAUCUGAUCUGUUGCAAUUCUUUAGUUAUUGUCCUGAUCAAGAGUUUGCAGAUGUACUAAAGUUUUUCUCUCAUGUUCUACCGUCGCUGGAGCUGCUUCUUGAAGAGAAUAUUGAGCAAUGGGGCCAGUACAAGUGUUCUUUGGUAGUUCAGGUGGUGAUGCAGAAGCUGAAUCCUGCUACAGGACAAAUGGUUUCCAACACAUUCUUCUUCCGAUCGAGUACAACGCUGGUGCUCAACACCAUGGAGCUGAGGGACCUUCUCAGUAGGAUGAUAGCUCAGAUCAACGCUCGUCUUGAUGAUUUCGUUCGUCAUGGAUCAGGUUGGGUAGUUGAACGGAUUUCCUGUUUACACAUCGAAAUGUCACGCUACUGUGUACUUGGAGGAAGUUCGUACAUCCCCUUGCCACCGGAGUUGAAGUCGAAGAAGGCCAUUGUUAACGUGCAGAACACUGACAACAAGUGUUUACUGUAAGUAUAGCAGUGGGGUUUCAGUGUGGUGAUACGGUGUAUGGAUUGAACUGUAUGCCGCCUGUCCAUGUCUUAUGUCAUCCGUACUUUAGAUGGUCAAUACUGGCUGCUAAAUUUUCGGCAGACAAGUCUCAUCCAUGUCGUCAAUCGUCGUACGUAGAACAUGCGGAUACUGUGGAUGUGAGCGGCAUCGAGUUUCCAGCAAAACUGGAAGACAUACCAGUCAUCGAAAGACUGAACGACGGUCUUUACAUCAACGUCUUCGGAUAUGAAGAGAAAGUCAUAUAUCCGUUAAGAAUUUCUCAGCAACCGCAGACCGCCAUCAAUGUAUUGCUCAUCCAAGACGAACGCAAUGACGUGGAGGUGCAGCACUGGGUGUGGAUAAAGUCAUUCAGUCGUCUUGUUGCUACUGGAGCACGUCGAGCACAUUUUGUCUGCUUCAGAUGUCUCUCAACACACGUCACGGAGAAGGCAUUGAAUAAUCAUAUGAUGUACUGCAGUGAACAUCCUGAAGCUACGGUGGAGAUGCCAAAGGCUGGCGAUAGAGUGAUGUUCAGGAAUGUGAACAAGCAGCUUCAAGCCCCAUUUGUGAUCUAUGCCGAUUGUGAGGCUUUCAUAGAACCUCUGUCCGCUGACAAUAAAAUCGGUCAUUCGACAUUCCAAAAGAACAAGCAUGUAGCCUGUUCCUGUUCGUACAUUGUAGUACGAUCUGAUGGCGUCGUCACGAACCGUUUCUUCUACCGUGGAGAAGAUUCUAUGUUCUGUUUUCUGCUGUCACUUGAGCAAGAGGAGGAGACUAUCCGUGAUGAGCUUCUAGCAUGUAAUGCUGGUCAAAUGAUCAUUUCAGAAAGUCAGCAACGUGAAUUUGAAACGGUAGUCUCCUGUUGGAUCUGUGGUGAAGCGUUGGGUAGCGAUCGUGUACGUGACCACUGUCACAUCACCGGUGCUUAUCGUGGUGCAGCACACAACCAUUGUAACCUGAACAUGCGGAUUGAGCCAUUAAAGAUUAAGAUUCCUGUGAUCUUUCAUAACUUGAAGGGAUACGAUUCUCAUCACAUCAUAUCUGCCAUUGGGAGAACGUCCAUUGAUGAGAUUACGUAUGUGAACAAGAAAGGACAAGAACGGGUACGUUACAUACGCGUGGUGUGUGUGUGUGUGUGUGUACAGCGUCUCGGUGCUAUCAACGUGAUUCCCAUCAACAGUGAAAAAUAUGUCACAUUCGGAUGGAGACAGUUCCAGUUCAUCGACAGCCUGGCAUUCUUGAACACCUCCCUAGACCGGUUGGUUUCGGCUACACCACCAGAUGCAUUCGCCCUUCUAUCCGCACGAUUUCCAGACGAGGAUGAACGCAAACUGUUGACACGAAAGGGUGUCUACCCGUGUGAAUAUAUGGGGUCGUACGACCAAUUCGAAGAAACGCGUCUACCACCCAAGGAUGCAUUCCACUCAACGCUAACGAACACGGGUAUCAGUGAUGAAGACUAUGCCUAUGCACAAACAGUAUGGACUGCGUUUGACUGUGAAGAUCUAGGAGACUAUCACGACCUCUACCUGGAGACUGAUGUGCUGCUGUUGGCUGACGUUUUCGAAAACUUCAGAAGAACUGCUCACGCAACCUAUGGAUUGGAUCCCGCUAAUUACCUCACCUUACCGGGAUUUGCCUGGGAUUCGCUGCUGAAAAUGACGAAGGUGUCCCUUCAUCUCAUUUCCGACAUUGACAUGUUCAACUUCAUUGAGCAUGGCAAAAGAGGUGGCAUAAGCAUGGUGUCCGCUAGACACGCCACCGCCAACAACAGAUAUCUAUCGGAAUACAAUCCAGACGAGCCGUCAAGCUUCAUCCAAUAUUUAGAUGCGAACAAUCUAUAUGGAUGGGCCAUGUCUCAACCCUUGCCCGUGUCGGACUUCUGCUUUGAAGCAGUGACGGAUGAUCUUCUGGAGACGGUACUCGAUCAUCCAAUGGACUCUUCGACGGGAUACAUGGUGGAGUGCGAUUUAAGGAUUCCAGAUGGUGUGCAUGACAUGAUGAAUGAUUAUCCGUUGGCUCCUGAGCAGAUGAAGGUGACACGAGAUAUGCUUUCUCCAUAUCAGACCCACAUGGCAGAGAAACUAAUGGUGAGCGGUUUGGAAGCGAAGAAACUGGUGCCAAAUCUACUACCGAAAGAGCACUAUGUUCUGCACUACAGAAACUUGCAGCAGUAUGUGUCCUUGGGUGUGGAGAUUACAGAUGUGCAUCGUGUGCUCUCCUUCACACAACACCCAUGGAUGAAGCCAUACAUCGACACUAAUACUGACCUGAGAAAGCUAUCAACUUCUGAUUUCGAGAAAGACUUCUAUAAGUUGAUGAACAAUGCUGUAUAUGGCAAGACCAUGGAAAACGUUCGAAACAGAGUAAACAUCAAGCUCAUUCGUGAACAGGAUGAAAAACCACGUCUCCAGAAAAGCAUCAACAAACCUUCGUACAUCCGCAGUGUAGCCUUUGAGAACGAUCUGAUAGCAAUCGAGUUUGCCAGGACAAAGGUGACUCUCAAUAAACCCAUUUAUGUGGGUACAGCCAUCCUCGAUCUGUCGAAGCACUUGAUGUAUUCCUUUUACUAUGAAGUUCUCCUACCCCGCUAUGGACAAAAUGUACGUUUGCUCUACACUGAUACUGAUAGUCUGAUCGUACAUAUUCAAACGGAUGAUCUGUACACCGAUAUGUCAAACAACAUAACAGCCUAUGACACAUCCAACUAUUCACCAUCCCACCACCUGUACAGCACGGUCAACAAGAAGGUGGUAGGGAAGUUCAAGGACGAACUAGGUGGCAAACCCAUCAAGGAGUUCAUUGGUUUGCGGAGCAAGAUGUACGCAUACCGCUGUGAAGACAACGACGACAAUGGCAAGCGUGCCAAAGGUGUGCAGAGAAGCGUGUUGAAAAACACCAUAACCGUCGAUGAUUAUCGAACAUGUCUCGUCGAGGAGUCUCAGCUGAAGAGAACAAUGAAUGUUCUUCGAAGUCGACGACAUUGCAUUCACGGAGAGGAGCUACGCAAGAUUGCCCUCAGUGGAUUCGACAGUAAGCGUUACAUUCUGGAGGAUGGUAUCAACACCCUGGCAUUCGGACACAAGGAUAUUCCAAAGCACUGAGGGAUUUCCACACAUACUAGAGCAUAUGUCAUAUCUUCUCAUGAAAUACAUUGUAAAUACUAUGCGAUUCAUAAUAUUCACGUUAAUCCAAAGCAUGAGCUACAUUGUACAUAUGAAAUGCUAAUACUUUUUGAGAUCAUUCACAUCCUUCUUUGUUAACCAGGUAUGGAAUUUUUCGUCUUGAUAA